GCCUGACAAUUUCCUUUUUCUUCCGGUCGGCCAUACUGUAAGAAGGCAUCAUGACGAACACCAAGGGAUAUAGGCGCGGUACGCGCUACAUGUUCUCCCGUCCAUUCAAGACAAAGGGAGUCAUUCCAUUGUCCACGUAUAUGAAAAUAUACAAAAGGGGAGACAUCGUUGACAUAAAGGGCCACGGAGCUGUACAAAAGGGUAUGCCCCACAAGGUUUACCACGGAAAGACUGGGAGGGUGUUCAACGUGACUCCUCAUGCUGUCGGCGUUGUUGUUAACAAGCGUGUAGGACACCGAGUUUUGCCCAAGAGAAUCAAUGUCAGGAUUGAACAUGUGAAGCACUCCAACUGCCGUCUUGACUUCGUGAAAAGAGUGAAGGAAAACGCAGAAAAGAAGAAGGUGGCCAAGGAGAAGGGAACCAGGCUCAGCUUGAAACGUCAGCCAAAGCAGCCCAACAAAGCUCAUUUUGUGAGCACAAAAUACAACAAACCACAGCUCAUUGAGCCCAUCCCCUACGAGUUCAUCGCCUAGGUCAUGAAAUAAAAAAAAUGUACAGAAAA